GCCACAGCGAAAACAUGAAAACCACUGCCAGACUGCUGAUGGCCGUGUUCUUCGUCUGUUCACAAUUCUUCCGAGGUUGUUGGUGUUCAGAAGACGAGGAGCGUCUGGUUAGAGAUCUUUUUAGGGGCUACAAUAAACUGAUCAGGCCAGUACAGAACAUGACCGAAAAAGUCAAUGUACAAUUCGGUUUGGCGUUUGUGCAACUUAUCAACGUGAACGAAAAGAGCCAAAUCAUGAAAUCUAACGUUUGGUUGAGACUUGUAUGGAGGGACUAUCAAUUACAAUGGGACGAGGCAGACUACGGUGGUAUACAGGUGCUCAGGUUACCACCGGACAAAGUGUGGAAGCCGGAUAUAGUGUUGUUCAACAACGCUGAUGGAAAUUACGAAGUUCGUUACAAAUCGAACGUGCUCAUCCGACCAAAUGGAGAACUUCUAUGGAUCCCACCAGCAAUUUACCAGAGCUCAUGCACCAUAGACGUCACGUAUUUUCCAUUUGAUCAACAGACUUGCAUUAUGAAAUUCGGCUCUUGGACAUUUAAUGGCGAUCAAGUAUCGUUAGCGUUAUAUAACGACAAACAGUUUGUCGAUCUGUCUGACUAUUGGAAAUCCGGCACUUGGGAUAUAAUUGAGGUACCCGCGUAUCUGAACGUGUACGAGGAGUCGCCCACCCAGACGGACAUAACGUUCUACAUAGUGAUUCGAAGAAAAACUCUAUUCUAUACAGUAAACUUGAUACUGCCCACGGUCCUCAUAUCUUUCUUGUGCGUGCUGGUAUUCUACUUGCCGGCCGAAGCCGGCGAAAAGGUCACGCUGGGCAUCAGCAUCUUACUGUCACUAGUCGUCUUCCUAUUGCUCGUCUCCAAAAUACUGCCACCCACUUCUCUAGUACUGCCGCUCAUCGCUAAAUACUUACUAUUCACGUUUAUCAUGAACACCGUCAGCAUAUUGGUCACUGUUAUAAUAAUCAACUGGAAUUUCAGAGGACCGCGAACCCACCGGAUGCCGCCAUGGAUCAGGACCGUGUUCCUGUACUACUUACCGGCAUGUAUGUUCAUGAAACGGCCGAAAAAGACGCGACUGCGGUGGAUGAUGGAGAUGCCGGGCAUGAGCGGUCCGCCACAUCCGCACCACACGUCGCCAUCCGACCUGCCGGCACCCGCGCCCCCGAGUUCGGCAACGCCAUCCAAACACAAAAUGGAGGCAAUGGAACUGGCCGACCUGCACCAUCCCAACUGCAAGAUCAACCGGAAGGCGAGCGCGGAGCGGCGGGAAAGCGAGAGCUCUGACUCGUUAAUCCUGUCGCCAGAAGCGUCCAAAGCCACCGAAGCAGUGGAGUUCAUCGCCGAACACUUACGGAACGAGGAUCAAUACAUACAGAUAAGAGAAGACUGGAAGUACGUGGCGAUGGUUAUUGAUCGGCUGCAGUUGUACCUGUUCUUCAUAGUCACCACCGCCGGCACUCUCGGUAUACUAAUGGAUGCCCCUCAUAUAUUCGAGACUGUUGACCAGGACAAAAUCAUUGAAAUCUACGGUGGAAAAUAAACAUUUAAAAAA